AUGCUGCGCGUUCACGAGGUCCUGAGAACACAGACGAAAACCCGACUGGUUGGGCCCAACUGUCCGGGCAUCAUCGCGCCGGAACAGUGCAGGAUUGGCAUUAUGCCGUAUAAGCAGUACAAACGGGGCAAGGUGGGCAUCGUCUCCAAGAGCGGUACUCUAAGCUACGAGGCGGUCGGGGCAACUACCAAGGUCGGCCUCGGGCAGAGCAUCGUUGUCGGGAUGGGCGGGGAUAUGCUAGCUGGGACGACGCUCGUGGAUGGGCUGAAGCUGUUCUUCGAGCAUGACGAGACGGAGGGCAUCAUCGUGAUUGGGGAGAUUGGGGGCGAAGCUGAGCUCAGGGCGGCGGAGUUGAUCCGGGAGUAUAGGAGGAAUACGCCGAACCCGAAGCCCAUCGUCGCCAUGGUGGCGGGUCGGACGGCGCCUCCCGGAAAGAUGAUGGGCCAUGCCGGAGCGAUCCUAUCCCCGCGCGACGUUUCGGCGGACGCUAAAGCUAAGGCGCUAGAGAAGGCUGGGGCGUUGGUUGUUCCUCAUCCCGGUGUUAUGGGCGUCGAGAUGAAGAGAUUGCUCGAGAGCCGUGCCCCUACUACGUAG